AUGGUUGUGGUCACCGGUGGUUCAGCCUCUGAUGGCUAUGCCUUCGCCGGAACCUACAGAGCUCUGAACCAAAACGUAAAAAUCUACAAUUCUACCAAAAAUCAUGGCUGUAAGGUGGGUGCGAAGCUGGAUAAUUGUGCAGAUCUGAAGAGGAAUCAUAGAUCUGAAGAAGAAACAAACACAGAUCUAAAGAGGAAUCGCGCAGAUCUGGUCUUCUUGAAUCGCCAGAGAAGGAGUGACGCGUGGCGUGAACCACAACAAAGUCUUGACGAGGAAGAAGAAGAAGAAGAAGAGGAAGAGGAAGAAGAACAAAAUGAUGACGUUCAAGAAAUCGCUCCAAUCGACCGACAACUUUGGAUGAGCGAGGAGGAGGUGUCCUUGGUGAAGGCGUAUUUGCACAUCUCGGAGAGUAGGAAACAUGGCAGCGAGAAAAGAAAGGAUGCGUUUUGGAGACGGGUCAUUAAUCAUUUUAGGCAACUUCCCGGUGCAAGGAUACGAAACAUGGACAAAAUGUCGCUUGUUUCAUUCAAAAGAACCGAAACCCACAAAGUGGAGCGAGCGAGACGACAAUCAUGCGACAAGCCACCGAAUAGUAUUGCCGACUGUACAAAAAUAGGACUUUUCCACACGUGGGGGCAUGGGAAGUUGCGAGACAUGCGUGGUCCUACGGCUCCAAAAAAACAAGGCGGUUCGAAAAGAUCAAAGACAUCCGAUUCGGGGAACUACACGACUUCCUCGUCGGAUAACUUGCCAGAAAUGAACUUCAACGACGACCCCCUUGACGAACCCGAUCAACCCGUUGACGACCCCGUUGAAGAAGAUACACCCACAAGGCCACGACGCAGGAGAGGUGGUGAAUUGUCAAGCAAAGGUAAGGAAGCGGUGGCGGAGUCGAUCUUCAGAAUCGAAGAGGAGAAAAUGACCCAAUUCAAGAAGGCCGAAAAGAAAAGAAAGAAUUAUGUCCCUAAAAGUUGA